AUGAUCGGAUUUGGGUCUCCUUUCAAUUUAAUUAGAAUUGCUUUGUUUAAUUUAUAAAUCCAAUUAAUUUAAAUAAGAUUUAUUUUCCUAUAUUUUUAUUAAACUUAUAUUUAUAACCAUAUAAAAUGCCUCUAUAAAAUGAUUCAAUUAAAUAAGAUAAUUUUAGCCAAUAAUACGAUGGGACUCAUCCUUUGUCAUAAUAUACAUUCUAAAAAUAAGAAACUGUCAUUUGUUCAUGAUCAUGCAGAAUAAUUAAAUAGAUAAAGUUAGAAAUAACAAUUAGACCUACCAUAUAGACACUAUAUAAGCAAGAGUAAUUACAUAGCAAGUGCAUUACCUCAUGCACCAUGCAAAUUUAAUUUAAAGAGAGGUGUAAUGUUAGCGUAAGGAAUAGGUAAUGUUAUAUAUAUUAUAUUAGGUCACAGCUCUAUAAUGUAAAGAAGAUUCUUAGAAAAAUUAAAUUUGAACAGCUCUUACUUUCACUCUCAAGCACUAAUAAUAGUAAAUCCGUAAUGA